AUGCGUCGCAACUCGGCAUCGGAAGGUCUCCUUCGCAGACAAAGGCUCAAUGCCCAUACCUGCGCCGUGCUUGCUGUGUUGGGCUUUGGCUCUUUGACAUAUGGCUACACGGCCAGUAUUAUUGGAACUACGUUGGGUCAACCAUCCUUCAUUGAGUACUUCGAUCUCGCAACCCGAUCCAAUGGGACCGAUUUGAUAUCCACCAUGAAUGGACUUUUUCAGACUGGGGGCGUGAUUGGAACAUUAUUGCUACCGACUGUUGCAGACAAAUGGGGCCGUAAAAUGGCCUGCGCGGUGUCUGCCAUUCUUGCUAUUGUGUCCGGUGCUAUCAUGGCAGGUAGCGUGAACGUGGGCAUGUUCAUCGCCUUUCGCUUUGUGGCUGGUGCUUCUGCCUUCAUGAUCCUGGCGGCCGUGCCCAUUCUGAUGAACGAGAUUGUGCCGGUUCACAUGCGCGGCGCCCUCGUGGAUGUGCAUGCGGUCAUGCUUGUACUUGGUUAUACUAUUCAAGGCUGGGUUGGCUUUGGCUUCUACUUCUGGCAGAAUGGCAGCUCAAACACUUGGAGGCCGCCCAUCGCCAUCCAGUGCUUCUGGCCAUUGUGUCUGCUGGUCGGGCUAUACUUCGUCCCGGAGUCGCCCCGAUGGUUGGUGAUGCAAGGACGCGACGCUGAAGCCGAGGCAGUCCUGUUCAAGUUCCACGCCGAUCCUAGCGAUCCCGAGAACAGCGCCGCAAAGGCCGAGUUCUACCAGAUCCAAAAGCAGCUCGCGAUCGACAGGACUCUAGGCAACUCGUGGUGGCACAUCAUCAAGAAGCCGUCAUACCGAAAACGGGCGCUUCUAGCCAUCGGCAUCACUGGAAUUAUCCAGUGCUCUGGCGUGCUGGUCAUCAACAACUACGGUCCUUCACUCUAUAAAUCCCUCGACUUCUCGCAGGUCAAACAGCUCCUCUACCCAGCGGCGUGGCUGACGUUCGCUCUGGGCAUGAACGUCAUGGGCAUGCUGGUGGUCGACCGCUUCCCGCGAAACAAGUUCAUCUCCUUUGGCGUUCUGGGCUGCAUGGCUAGUUUGAUCGUGGAAGCAGCCCUGGUCGCCAACUUUGUGCCCUCCAACAACAAGUCGGCGCUGUCGGCGGCGGUGGCCAUGUUCUUCAUCUUCCAGGUCUUUUACGGAUUGGCCCUCGAUGGCACGCAGUUUUCGUACCUCGGAGAAAUCUUCCCGACGCACCUGCGCGCCAAGGGCGUCUGUCUUGGUGUUGCCAUGAUCUCGUUGAUGAACAUCAUUUGGCUGCAAAGCGCCCCAACCGCCUUCGAGACCAUCGGCUGGAAAUUCUACCUCUGCUUCAUCAUCCCCGGCACGCUGGGCGCCAUCGCCAUGUGGAUCUGGUUCCCGGACACCAACGGCCUUCCCCUGGAGGAGGUCGCCGCCAUCUUUGGCGACGCCGACGAGGUCGCAAUUUACCAGCGCGACCUCGAGGUCGACUUUGCAACUCACACGGUCGUGGAUCACCACCACCACCACCACCAUGACCAUGAUCCUGAAAAGGAAGGGGUUGUCAAAGGGACUGACGCGACGCACUAUGAAGCGGAUUCACUUCCUAGCAGUGAGAAAGUGUCAGGUUGA